AUGGCUUGGACUGGAGCCACAGCAGCAAGUUCGAUUAGGCCCCCAAGCUUCACAGCUCCGACGAUAACAGCUCCGACGGCAGCAGCUCAAACAACGGCUCCGCCGGCAACUUCGACGAUCUUGGAUCCAAAUGAUCCGGGAAGUCCCUAUUUUCUACAUCCUAACGAGAAUCCCGCACUGGUUCUCGUCUCUGCACCGCUAGAUGGACGUAAUUAUCACCCAUGGGCCAGGGGAAUGGAAAUGGCUCUUCUCUCCAAGAACAAGUUAGGGUUCGUGGAUGGAACCGUGGUAGCACCAGACGUGAGUGAUGUCAAAUUUCCCUACUGGAGAAGAUGCAACAACAUGGUUGCAACUUGGAUAAUGCGCUCGCUCUCACCAGAGAUUGCUCAGACCGUUCUUUGGGUGGGAACGGCGGAAAGGAUCUGGAAGACCUUGAAAUCGAGAUUUAGUGAAGCAGACAUAUUUCGUGUUUCCGAUCUACGCGCCGAGAUGCAUCAGAUUUGCCAAGGAGACCUCAGCAUAGGUGCGUAUUUUGCAAAGUUGAAAGCCCUAUGGGACGAAUUGCAAGUUAUAAGACCUCUCCCCACCUGCAAUUGUGCACGGAGAUGUGACCGUGGACUACUGGACAAGCUCCAACUACACCUAGACAGUGACAAUUUGUCUGUGUUCUUGAGGGGGUUGAAUGAUAACUAUGCCUUAGUCCAAUCACAGAUCAUGAUGAUGAAGCCGCUACCCUCUGUUGAUGAAGCAUUUCUGAUAGUUCAACAGCAGGAAAGGAGGUUCAAUAAUGGAAUAGGUUCUUCACCCCAAUCAACAGAGAACUUGAAUGCAGGGAGUGUCUUUUUUAGCCAGACUACGGGAAGCAAUUCGGGUACAAAGAAGUUCUACUCUAAUGGAAAUAAGAAACCAAUUUUUACCUAUUGUGGCUACACCGCUCACACUGUGGAAAAGUGCUACAAGAAACAUGGGUAUCCACCCGGUUGGAAGCCAAGAAACAAGAGUGUAGGGUCAGUCAAUCAGGUUCAGAUGGCUCAAAAUCCCUCAGAAGACACUAUAUCUCUUUCUCAGAAUGAGUAUAUGAUGCUCAAACAGCUGCUGCAAAGAGAGAACAACACCUGCAAUCAGAACUCACCUCUGGAUGUGGAAGCCAGACCACAAGCAAAUCUAAUCUCUGCCAAUUUUGUUCCCAGUGCUCAGCUAUAA